AUGCGACAAACCGAGACGCCCGAAAAUGUGCCGGAACAACGCUUUGCGGCUGUACCCAUUGAUAAUCUUCAACUAUAUCUGAAAAGAGUGGUAAAAGGAGCUAUUUUCGUACACGAUAAUGGUACAUUAAAUAUGCCCAUCCAUGUGCUAUGCUAUACCCCCAAAAGCAACGAAAAUGACGCAAUAGUCCAGGAGGCUGUAAAGAUGCUGCAACUUACGGGCUCUCGCGGCUAUAAUACUCCCGACCACAUGGAGUACGAUCUUCUCAAACAUAAUUAUAUCGCUGGCGUGGUAUUCAAGUCCACUAACAUUGACACAAGAACCCAAGAGUAUCCAAUGGUCUUUAAAUAUUCGUUACGAUUUCCUAGUGAGCUGCGAACUUCAAAUAAUACACAAAUUUUGAAUUGGCAGACCUAUAGAGUUUUUCCAAUGGCUGCACAUCUCGGACCCCGAAAUGACAAGGAAAUUGAUGGAGGUGUACCCGUCGGUUACAUAGCAGAGGGUUUCCUACCAAUACAGCAUGCACUGACCAUGUCCUGGUUGAAGCUAGCCGACGAAUCCAAUUUUGAAUUGUUGCCACAGCUCCAGCUUAAGCGAUUUCCCUACAACCCAUAUAUCUUUGAUAGUCUUCUGCUGGCGUUAGGUGCGAUUUUUCCAUUUUUUCUAGUGACCUGCUAUAUCUAUCCCUGCACGUUUAUUACAAAGUAUAUUGCAGCCGAGAAGGAAGCUCAACUCAAGGAGAUCAUGAAACUUCUUGACCUGCACAAUUGGUUGCACUGGGUGGCAUGGUUCAUCAAGAGCUACCUGGUGCUAUUUGUGAUAACGGUUAUAAUUUUGGUCAUGCUUCUUGUAGGAAUUAAUGCUCCACCUGUUCUUCCAUAUAGCAGUUUUACGGCCCUGCUGUUCUUCUUCCAUUUCUACAUAGUGGCAAGCAUUUGUUUUAGCUUCAUGGUGGCAGCCUUUUUCAGUAAGGCCAGCUCUUCAGCUGCCAUCCUGAUCAUUGUAUGGUUCAUUUCCUACAUGCCUUUUACAUACGCUCUAAUGUACUAUGAUAAACUGGGCUUAGCAAUCAAGCUAAUUCUGUGCUUUUUAUUCUCUAAUACGGCGCUAGGAUUUGGAGCCCACAUAAUCGUAGCCUUCGAACAAAUGGGUGAAGGUAUAACUUGGGGUAACAUCUUCAGCUCAGUUUCGGUAGACGAUAAUAUAUCUCUCCUCCACGUGAUUAUCACGCUAGUAUUAGGAUCCGUGUUAUAUAUGCUAAUCUGCCUAUAUGUGGAGCAGAUACAUCCGGGACACUAUGGCAUUGCAAAAAAAUGGUACUUUCCCUUCCAACGAAAAUUUAUGUAUCCAUUCACAUUUGCAGUAGUAUCCCAAAAUAACAGAGACGUGCCGGAGGAGCCGUGUACAUGCCCCCCUGUGCAGUCUGAGGCAUUGGAGCAGCGAGUCGGCAUCCGGAUACGUAAUCUUCACAAGCGUUUUGGUGACAAGGUAGCUGUACAAGAUCUUAGUUUAAAUAUGUACCAAGACGAGAUAACCGUGUUGCUAGGACACAACGGGGCUGGGAAGACAACAACCAUCCACAUGCUUACCGGCAUUAUUUCACCUACAUCAGGCACGGCUUAUAUUAAUGGUUGCGAUAUCCGAACCGAAUUGGAUUGUGCUCGCAGCUCGCUGGGGAUUUGUCCACAGCACAACGUUCUUUUUGGGGAUAUGAGUGUGCGUAAUCAUAUUAAAUUCUUCAGCCGUCUGAAGGGCAUGGAAGGAGAAGAAUUGAAGCUUGAGAUUAAAAAAUAUCUAGUAAUUAUGAAUUUGGAGAAGAAACAACAUACAGCCGCCAGUAAGCUAUCAGGAGGCAUGAAGCGAAAGCUAUCGCUGUGUUGUGCUCUCUGUGGCAAUACCAAAACAGUUCUGUGUGAUGAGCCCAGCUCCGGGCUAGAUGUGGCAGCACGGCGUCACCUAUGGGAUCUUCUGCGAGCCGAAAAACCAGGUCGUACCAUUUUGCUAACCACACACUACAUGGAUGAAGCAGAUGCGUUGGCGGAUCGCAUUGCCAUUAUGAGCAAUGGAGAGCUAAAAUGUUAUGGUACCUCGUUUAGCCUAAAGAAUAAAUACGGAUCCGGAUAUCGGUUGGUUUGCAUUAAAAAACCGGGUUGCAGGUCAGAUAAGGUAACCGGAUUUUUAAGUAAAUAUAUACCUGGCAUAAGGCCAGAAACUGAAGUGGGAAUGGAAUUAACCUAUCGGCUCCCCACUCGGAGUACUUCAGUAUACGCGGAAAUGUUCAGUGCCCUUGAGAAUGAGUUACAGCGGUUGCAGUUGGAUGGUUAUGGUAUAAGUGCGGCCUCAUUGGAAGAUGUAUUUGAAAAGACAGGUGCAGACAGAUAUCGGAAUGUCGGUGGACAUGAGGUGACCAAUAAUGUAAGACUGGGUUACAGAUCAAACCGAAAGCGUUUAGUUGCCGGUAGAGAACAUGGUAUCUUCGAUGAUGACGUAUACGAAUCCCGCUCAGGUGUUCGCUUUGUUGCGUCCGCCCAAAGUACGCCUAAAGUGCUUCAACCUCUAGAUAUUUCAUUGAAAAUGUUUCCCUCCGCCUAUGUGGUGCUAGAGGACAAUUCUGGGUACGAAACCAAGGAAAUUGCCGACGCUUAUAAGAAAGUCGUAGGCAAAGAUGCAGGCCUAUUAAACACAAAAGGCUCCAGUUUUGAGGAUUAUAUUUUGAAAGAGUCCAAAGAAAAUCGAGCGCUUGUGGAUCAGAAAUAUGUAGCCGGCGCAACGAUUUCAGAAACUAACCUCACCGUCUGGUUAAACAAUAAACCACUUCAUACGGCUCCACUGACGCUUAAUUUAAUGCACAAUGCUAUGGCGCGUAAAUUAUUGGGAUCGAGUGCACGUACUCAUGUGGUUAACGAUCCUCUACCCUUUAGCCAGGACACGCUACAGAAGCGUUUGAAAGCUGUGAAUGCUGUGGGACUUCAAGUUGCAUUGAAUCUGGCUAUGUGCAUGAGCUAUGUUGUUGCAUUUUUUGUGAUACCCAUAAUUAAGGAGCGCGAGACACGAACAAAACUAUUGCUGUUCCUUACCGGGGUGGAUGUCUUUUUAUAUUGGGCCUCGCAUUUAUUAUGGGACUUUGUAAUUUUCACUUUGGCUGUACUACUGGGAUUAAUUACUAUAGCCAUUUUCCAGGAGCCCGGAUUUUCUACACUAGAAGACAUGAGUCGUUAUCUGGCCUUGUUACUGAUCUUCAUUUUGCGCGAGGGUUGCAGCUCCCUAGCCGUAGAAAAGCUAUCUUAUGGUGAUGCCUGCAGCAUUAUUCCGGCUUGCUGUAAUAUACCUCCUUACUUUGGGUCGCCAGAGCCUGGCAUAAGAGUCGAAAUGAUUUACCUUUUUAUAGAAGGCAUUUUACUAUUCGUGUUACUCCAAGUCUUAGAUGCAAAAAUGUGUGCUGGGUUGCAGAGUUUCCUGAACGAGUGUUGUGGCGUAAUUUGCUGUAAAGCCGCCAAUAGGCCGGAAGGCGGACAGGACUCAGCUCGAUAUAAGAACGACGUUCAACUAGAACGGGACGCCAUUGCUAACAUGACACAGGACGAGCUAAAUGACCUGCCCCUUGUUGUGGAUCGCAUAAGGAAGAAAUAUGGGAACAUCCAAGCUGUCAAAGAAUUAUCAUUCUAUGUUGCGCAUUCCGAGUGCUUUGGGUUAUUGGGCGUUAACGGUGCUGGUAAGUCGACAACAUUCAAGAUGCUUACUGGUGAUGAGGUAAUUACUUCGGGAGACGCCUAUGUCGAUGGGAUCAGCGUACGCCAGAACAUGUCCAAGGUGUACGAUCGCAUCGGCUAUUGUCCGCAGUAUGAUGCUCUGUUAGAGGAACUUACCGGUGGCGAGACUAUGCGUCUAUACUGUAUGCUUCGAGGCGUACGCCGACGUUACAUCAAGGACGUCUGCAAUGAUUUGGCCUCAGAAUUGGGCUUCAUUGAGCACAUUGAUAAGCCUAUAAAACACUACAGUGGAGGAAAUAGACGCAAGUUGAGUGUUGCUAUUGCACUAAUUACCGACCCCUCAGUGCUAUAUCUAGAUGAACCGUCGGCUGGUAUGGAUCCAAGUGCUCGUCGCAAAAUGUGGAAAGUAUUGGCGAUGAUACGGGAAUUAGGAAAGGCCAUUGUGCUGACCUCACAUUGUAUGGAGGAGGUUGAGGCCUUAUGUAUGCGAAUUGCAAUUAUGGUGGACGGACAUUUUAAGUGCAUAGGCUCUACGCAAUACCUUAAGAACAAGUAUUCAAAGGGAUUUAUUCUUAAAAUCAGAGUGGCGUCCGGUAAAGCGACAAAUACCCCGCAACGUCCAUCAACGGCAUCCCACCCACGACCCAGCGCCCGUGCCUCAGCAACCAUCCCGCGAUCUAGUACCCGUGCACCAGCACCUAGCCCACGUGCAAGCCAAGGUAAAUCACUCUCAGGCCCACGAGAACGGCAACAAUCUGGAGCAACGAACCCAAAUGACUUUCCUUGCGCAAAAUGUACGGACAACAUUCGUCAAAUAAAGAAAUUCAUAAGAGAAAACCUCCCCAACGCCCAGUUGAGGGAAGAGUUUCGGUAUCAGUUGACUUACUUUAUCCCAAAACAAAAUGCAAAUUGGCCGAAAAUAUUUAAUUUAAUUGAAAGCAAUCGCGUGGCAUUAAAUGUGGAAGACUACUCCAUUACCCAGAUGGCAUUAGAUGAAAUGUUUUUAGAAUUUGGAAAUAAUCCGAGUAAAAAAUAA